AUGAGUGGUAGUGCGAAUACCAGUACGAAAACAUCCAAUUCCAAUGAUGCCUUGCUAAAUAUGUUCUUUGAUGAAGACUUUGUUCCCCAAGCUUAUGUGGACAUACUAUUAUCAUCGUUUCAGAUAAACCAGUUGGACGAAAUCAAGACUACAAGCUCUAGUCUGCUCUCGAGAAUGGAUUUUUACAGUGGCCAUGUUACUAGAGAGCUAGAAUCUACCAUUCAUAGGCUUGAAAAACCAGCAGAACUUAUACUUUACACUCCAAGUACAGACCAAAAGGGCACUACAAAGUUGGAGUACUAUUUGGACACGUUGGCUAACAGUGUUAGUUUACUAGAGGCCGAUGUUAAGAAUAUAGAAGAACAAUUGGAAGCAUUGAAUGUCAAAUAUGAAUCCAGUAAUUCCGUCACAGAAACCCUAUCUAAACUCAUGCUAGCCAAAAAUUCUUUGCUAAAGGUAAAAAGAUCAUUUGAUACUUUGAAGACUAUAAUGGAGAUAUCUAUACAGGAUGAUCAAGAAAAGUUGCAACAUAUAACUGUGGAGGAAUUCAAUCUUGCGCUCGCAACUUUACAAGAGACGAUUACUAGUACAUUGGCUAAGCCAGUGAAAGAACCUACCGAGUUAUUACGGAAGAUAGGGGACUUUAUAGAGUUGAAACAAAUGCUUAAGGGACUCCCCAAAUUCUAUGUGCCUUAUUCAGAGUUUGCACAAGCUAUUCAAAAAGAAAGGGAUGCAUAUUUGAAUAGCAUACAAUCUGCGGAUGAAUUGUAA